AUGGGAAAGGCCGAGGCGGCCGCCAAGGGCAGGGCGAAGCUCGAGGCCUUCAAGGCUAAGAAGGCGUCGAAGGGAAAGUCCGGCCAGGGGACCGCUGGGACGGGAGGAGGGGACGAUGGGAUCGAGAGCGCGGAUCCACCGGCUCCUUCGCCGCGUCCGCCGUCGCCGCCGCGUCCGCCGCCUCUUCCUCCGCCUCUGGCGAUGGGGGCGAAGUCGCCGGUCGCGCCCGCGCCCGCGCCGGAACCCGUUCCCAUCUGGCAACUCGCGAGCGGCACCCCGUUCGAUUCUCCCGCAAGGAAACCGAAGCCCGCGCCCGAGCCGGUCGCCCCGGCCCCGCAGCCGCCGUCCCCGCCGAGGCCCGUGCACCGACCGCCGCGUCCGCCGCCUCCUCUUCCGCCACCGCCGCCGGCCGUGUCGACGAGGGACGGCGGCGUCGGGAUCCAGGCAUCGAAGACGUCGUCGAGGGAUGACGCUAAUUUAGAUGCGUCUUCCAAGCCGUCGCGGCCGUCCACGUUCUCGUCGUACGAACAGCUGUCGGACAUGUACAGGCCCCGCGCGUCGACGGCACGAUCGCCGAACGAGCACGCCCCGCCGCUCGCGAACAUCACGCUGGGCGGGGACGGGGACGGGAUCGCGAGUGGGAGCGGUCCUUCCGGAGCCGGUCCGGACGGUGACGGAGCCGGCGCGAAUGGAUCGCGAACGGUGACGAGGGUGGAGGACGCGAUGACCGCGGAGGAGAUGAUGGAGCGGGCGACGCAGGCGGCGGCGCGCGCGCGGUCGGAGCUCAAGAAGAAGACGGCGGAGGAUGAGAAGCGACGGCGUGAAUCGAGCGGUGCGUCGUCAUCCGCCGCCGACGAGCUCCCAGCCUUCACCUCGCCGUUCAGGAGCAAGCCCAAAAAUCCGUUUAAAACCCGCCCGACGGUCCAAGAGGACGUCGGCGGCGCCGGUCGGCGGGGACGGGACAACGGCGGUGCGUCGACGUCGUCGCGCGUUUCCCUCGGCGGAAAGUACGCGGCGGGUACGAUGGAAGGGCGGAACCCCGGCGGGAGGGACGACGACGAGGUCGCGAGGCUUCAGAAAGUCGUCGAGGAGAUGACCGAGGAGAGACUCGCGUUUCAGCGCGCGCACGCCAGGCAAAACGAGCUCAUGCAGCAGCUCGCGGACGAGAACGAGACGGCGACGUCGCGCGCGAACGCGCUCACCUCCGAGCUCGGCGCGGUGCGGGAGCUUCUGGAGCAACGGGAGAACGAGGUCAUCGCGCAGGGCGCGGUGGUGUCGCAGCUCGCGGCUGAGAGGGACGCGGCGAUCACGAGGGCGACGCACGCGAUGGAGUCGGCUCGGAGCACGUCGAUGGAGUCUGUCGAGCUCGAGGAGCGGUGCAUGCAGCUGAAGAUGGAGACCGUGAAGCUGCGGCGCGAGUUGGAGGAGAUCAGGGACGACAGGGAGCGCACCGACCGGGCGUUGCGAGCAGCGGCGGCGGACCGGAGCGAGAUGCGGACCAGCCUAAACGCGAUGCAGGACGAGCGCAUGCACUUGCAGUCGGCGCUUCGGAGAAUGGCGGCGCAGGAGGAGGCGGAGAUGGAGCGCGGCGCCGCCGAUUGGAACGGCGAAGCGCCCGAGAACACGCCCAACCCGACGCCUCAGAAGAAUGGGGACGCCGGCGCGGCGGCGGCGAAGAGGGCGGCGAGGCUCGCGGAUGAGCUCGGCGUCGCUUUCGACGGCGUCGGGGGUGCACGCGUUUCGUCCAACGGGGACGUGACGCGUCGCGACGGCGAGGGCGCGACGAACGGCGGCGGCAGCCACGGGGUGUUCAGUCACAUGUCGCGGUCCAUGAACGGGGUUCCGCUCGGCGGCGUACCCGUGGAGAAGGUUGGCGAGGAUCAGCUCAGGCUGGUGGACUCCAUCCACGCGCUGCUCACCGAGGUGGAGGAGGAGCGCUCGCGGGCCAGGGCGGCGCUCGCGGCGUCCCGGCGUAAGAUGGACGAGCUCCAGCGACGAAACGUCGAGCUGGAGAAGAGGCUGGGCGACACGGUGCAGCGGUUGGAGCUGGAGGUGAGCAAGGAGUUGGGCGCUAAGAUGCGCGAGGCGUCCGAGGACGAGGCCAGGCACGAGGCCAUAGACGGCGGCGAGUACGAGUACGCCGAGGACGGCGCGAGGGUGUACACCGCAUCGGACGGGACCAAACAUUACGUGUACGAGGACACGCCUCGGGCUGGGGGCAUACUGAGCUACCUGAACCCGUUUGCUCGACGGCGAUAG